AUGGCUGCAGCUUGCGCAACUUACACGCCGUCUGAAUUAGACACCAAACGUUUCUGGGAUAUCGAAGCUAGCAGACAGAAAACUAAAGUUGAGAUACCAUAUGGGUUUCCGGCUAAGCUUGAGUCUUCACUGGCGUGGAAAGGUGAAGAUAUAGAUGUCGAAAACGAACAGGCGGAAUGGAAAUUGGAUCUUACCGAUGAGGAGAUAUCGGCAAUUGAUGCUGCUUUGAAAACUUUUGAAGGGAAAAAUCAUGAACUCUCAGCCCUUUCGGCUUCAACCUUCGAAUUGCCAUCAGAAUUCUCCCAACGUCUGAGGAGCUUGUCCGAUCAGCUCUACGAGGGAGUCGGGUUUCAGAUCAUCCAUGGACUUGAUCCGACAAAGUAUAAUUCCAAGCAACAAAUGAUUGUAUACGCAGGUGUUAGUGCGCACAUAUGUCCUCAGCGAGGUACUGUGGACGUGAAAGGCACAGGUGUUCUGGCACAUAUCGUCAAUGUACAAGCUGGUAAUAAGUUGAAAGCGACUGCGCCUGCGUUUAGUAAUAUUCCACUGUCUUUCCAUACGGAUAAUUGUGAAAUCAUGGCAUUCUUCUAUCUUGACACAGCCAUUGAGGGCGGUGAGACGAUGUUGAGUAGUAUAUGGCAGACUUACAAUGAACUGGCUGCAACUAGGCCGGAAGUGUUGCACACAUUGACUGAGCCCUGGGUUCUAGAUACCUUCAAACCCCUCGACCUUCAACCCCCCCGCCACUGCCGUCUCCUCCAACAAACCGGCUGUCCCAAAAUCCCCGUCCUCUUCCGCUUCUCGCGCUACCCAAUAACAGGCUGGCAACGCCAACGCAACGCCGCCCUCUCCAUCCCCACCACCGCGCAACACGAAACGGCCGACGCAAUCCAGUUCAUCGCCAUGAAAAACGCCAUCACGCUGCCCGUCGCCAAGGGCGACAUGUUGUUCGUCAACGAUCUGGCGUUGUUCCAUGCCCGCACCGGGUUCAAGGAUGAUGAUAUUCCGAUGAAGAGACAUCUUGUGAAGAUGUAUUUUAGGGAUCCCGAACAGGGUUGGGAUAUUCCCGAGGAGAUGGAGAAUGAGUGGAGGACUUCGUAUAAGAAGGAGGAGGGGAUGGAGGAGGUGUGGAAUGUGUUAUAUAAGGCGGGGAUUGAGGAGUUGUCUAUGUUGAAUGGGUGA